AUGGCCAUCAAAAUUGCCUGCGAUAUUGGAAUCUUCGAAGUUCUCGCCAAAACAACAUCGUUUGUUGCAAGUAGUGAGCUCGCUGCCCAGAAACAAGUGGAUAAACUUCUUCUUGAGCGGAUAAUGCGAGCUGUCGUCAUAGGUGGCUUUGCAGGCGAGCGUGGCCCUGGUCAAUAUUUCCCAACGCAACUCUCGAAACAGAUGACUCGGAGAACGUCCCGUGGGAUCCCAGAUUGCCUGUUUGCGGAUUUUCUGCCCACUAUUCAAAAAGCUCCGAUGUUUCUACAAGAAAACCACUACCAGAACCCACUCGAUCCUUUCAAUGGCCCCUUUCAAUAUACCCUCAAAACAGGAUCAUCAACCUGGGACUGGCUGGCCGAAAAUCCAGAGGCAUGCAACCGUUUCAAUACCUAUAUGGAGGGGAAUCGGUGUGAUCAUCCCCAUUGGAGUGACUGGUUUCCAGUUCAGAGUCGCCUAGUGGGUGGAGCUGACGAACAGGGCGAUGCAUUCCUCGUCGACAUUGCAGGAGGCCGAGGUCAUGAACUUUUGGAAUUCAUGAAGAAUUUUCCCCGAGUUCCUGGGUCUUUUGUUCUAGAGGAUCUGCCUUCCGUGCUUGCGGAUAUACAUGAUUUGGAUCCUGACAUUCGAAUGAUUGAACACGACUUUUUUCAGCCCCAACCAAUACAAGGUAUGUCUGAUAACAUCAAACUGAUUGAAUCCCCUUAA